AAGUAACAAGAUAUUUAUUGCGGUAAUCAGCUCACAAUGCGAGGGACGGUUCCCAGAAUUAGUUUAAUGCGAUGAUUGUAACUCAGUCGUCACUCGUCUGCCGGGGGCUGCGUAGGCCGUGUGUCUGGACUCGGGACUCAGCUUGGGAUAGUUUUGGUCAAGAAUGCAGUUAUCCACCAUAAUCCUGCUAGCGCUAGUGGGCCUGGCGCAGAGUGCGCCGGCGCAGAUGUCAGACGCGCAGUUGGAGCGGGCCCUGACCGACCGGGCGACGAUGCAGCGCCACUUGCGGUGCGCCCUCAACGAGGGGCCCUGCGACCCUGUGGGGAUAAGACUCAGAACUCUCGCACCGCUGGUCCUCCGAGGUUCCUGUCCACAAUGCUCGCCGCAGGAGACUCGUCAGAUCCGCCGCACCAUGGCCCAUGUGCAGCGGUACUACCCUUGGGAGUGGGCCAGGAUCAUACGCCAAUAUGGAUAACGAUUAAGAUGGAUAAAGGGAAGAUCCAUGUAAUAUCGACAAAGCCGCUUGAACGAUGAAAAACACAUCAGCUUAGUUUAUUAUUCACUGCACGUAAUUUAUCUAUAUCUAUAUAGACGUUGCGGUCAGUUCUUUUGCUCCUAAGUGCACGAUAAACAAGAACGAGCUGAAACUUUGUCGAUAUUACGCUGAAUUCAGUCAGCUGUUAAAACUGCCAGAUCACUGCCUAGUUCGAUAGUUACUUACAUACUUACUCAUAUUUUAAACAAAGUAUUUUUUGGGAAUGCGAACGCAUAUGAUGGGCCACCAUACUUUGCACCCAGAUCGCAAUUCUUGAUACUUCGAAUAUUCUUCGAAGCUAGAAGUUAUGAAAAUUGGACCCCGAUGUUUGCAGCAUUUUCGCUCCAUUUCAUUGCAUAACCGGAUGGUCGCAAGUGCGUUCCAAGUGCCAUGCAAUUGGAUACCAUUAUAUUCUAUUUAUUGACCUAGAAUUAAUACUGUAACAAUUAAGUAAUACCGGGUAAUACUCAUUUAAAACGCAUUAAAUAGUUAAACAAUUUUAAAAAUUACUAAGAAAUGAUUCAAGCAUUUAAU